AUGGCGGAGCAGUCCGGUAUCCAGGUCGUGGUCCGUCUCCGGCCCAUGAGCCAGAGGGAGCUCAAGGGCAACACGUUGCCAGUGGUGACCGCGAGCACCGACAAGAAGGAGGUCACGGUGAUCAAGGGUACCGGCGCCAGGACCCUUCGCAACACUUACGCGUUCGAUAACGUCUUCACGAGCUUCAGCACGCAGAAGGAGGUCUUCGACAGCACCCUCGCGCCCGUCAUUUCCGACGUCCUCGGCGGGUACGAGUCCACGGUGUUUGCGUACGGACAGACCGGCACGGGCAAGACGCACACCAUGGAGGGCGACAUCAACUCCUCGGAGAACCGCGGCGUGAUCCCCCGCGCCGCCUUCGACGUCUUCCGAAGGCUCGCCGACGACAGCUACGUCGAGUCCAAGGUGACCGCGUCGUUCCUGGAGAUUUACAACGAGGAGCUCGGAGAUUUACUCUGCGACGUGGACCUCAACGACCUGACCGCGCUGCAGCAGAAGCAGAAGCAGCUCCGUCUGGUGGAGGACCCGGGCACCGCCACGAAGAAGGGGCGGGGUAUGUACGUCAUGAACCUCACCGAGGAACCCGUCGAGUGCCCCGAGGAUGUCCUCAAGCUCAUGGCGAGAGCGUCUGAGAGGCGCGCGGUGGGGGAGACCAAGAUGAACAAGCACUCGUCGCGCUCGCACUGCGUCUUCACACUCAGGGUCGAGAGCAAGAGGAUCCUUCCCGACGGUAACAUGAUGGAGACUGUGGGUAAGCUCCACAUGGUGGACCUGGCGGGCAGCGAGUGCGCGAAGAGCGCGGGGGGAGCCGACGUCGACCCCGCGCGAGAGCGCGAGAGGAAGAACAUCAACCAAUCGCUGCUCACGCUCGGCCGAGUCAUCACCCUGCUCAAGGCUGGGGGCAAGGCGAAGGGCGAGCGCAUCCCCUACCGCGACUCAAAGCUCACGAGACUGCUCCAGGAGUCACUCGGCGGCAGGUGCAAGACGUGCGUCAUCGCCACCGUGUCCCCGUCGAUCAUGUCCGUGGAUGAAUCUUUGUCCACGCUGCAGUACGCGCAGGCGGCGGUGGGCAUCAAGAACAUGGUUCAGGCCAAC